CUCGAAUCGAUAAGAUCACUAGUAUAGAUAUAAGGAUGCUUUUAAGAUGUAACAAUAUUAAUGCUCGUGAAAUAACUAAUUAAUUCUUCUAAGGAAACAGAAUUAUAUUAUAAUUGGCAUAGAUUUUUAUUAUGAGAUAUUUAAAAGGUGAUAUGGCAUUUCUAAGACUCUUACUUUAUGGCGCUUUGAUAUUUAUCUCUGCAACAGCACUUUCCGAUGAUAAAAAUACAGAAGAUAACACAGAUACAUCGAUUAAAUAUAAUUCGGAUUAUGUAAUACCAACGCAUUAUGACGUCAAGCUGAUACCAUAUUUCAAAGGAGACGAAGAAAGAGAUGACACAUAUAUGAUGCUUAAAACAGAUAUAGAAGAGCAUCAAGCAAACGGCAAACUUGUUUUUUAUGGCGAAAUCAAUGCUAGUAUUUAUAUUUCUCGUCCAACUACAAAAUUAAGUUUAAGUUCAUCGAAUUUAAUUCGCUAUUUAUCAAGAGAGUUGUUUGAAAGAAGCUCUAAUUUGACGCUAGAACGUUACUAUACUUAUUUAGUGAAGAAAAUUGAAUAUGUAAAAAUUGAUACUGCAAAGCAAACUUAUGUUCUUCAUUUCAAAGAUGAGUUAUCAAACGGAAAUUAUACACUGAAUAUAAAAUUUCUUAAUGCGAUUAAUAUCCCAGAAGAUGAUAAUAUUUUCUUAAAGAAUACAUAUAUAAAGAACAGAUAUAUAAAGGAAUUUGAACAUGAAAUGGUGGCCCCGAACGUUCCAGCCAGAAUUUGAGAUUUGUCCCAUGUUGGGACAAACCGACAAUAAAGGCGACAUUCAAAAUUUCCAUAAAGCAUCACUGCAAAUAUUCAUUCUUCUCAAAUAUGCCGAUGUUACAAAAGGAAGUGUACGAAUACGUACAAUCAAAUGAUUCAGAAGGAUGUAUGCAAUGGACACAUUUUGACAUCACUCCUUCCAUGCCUAUUCAUCUCGUAACAAUUAUGAUUUCAUCGGUGCAAUACUUUCCCAGUCGUAGCACAGAUAAAAUCCAUAUGUGGCGCUAUCCAAACUCAGACGAUGUACAAUUUGCAGAAAGAGUUUCGAACAAAGUAAUAAUGAAAUUGAAAUUUGAAUGGUUUAGAAAGUUGGAGAUUUCGAAACUGCAGCUCGUCGCAAUUCCAGGUUUUCGAAAUGAUAUUAAUAUAAACUUCGGUCUCGUCGCGAUAAGAGAAACAGAUAUUAUUUACAACGAAAAUCUACAUUCUGUUGCGCAUAAAAUAAAAGUAGCACGAUUGAUAGCGCGUGGAAUAACAUAUCAAUGGUUCGGUAAUUUAAUUAAUCAAUCUUUCAAGUCUUCCUUAUGGUUAAAUGAUGGUCUUACAACAUUAUUCGAAAUAGGCGUUGUAAAUGCCGUCAACGCUCUCGAGCAUUACAAAAAAUCGGAGAUAUUCGAUUUAUUUAUAGUUCAGACUCAAUAUGAAUCUCUCCAGUUGGAUGAUUGUAAUCUUACGUGGUCUCUUUUAUCAGAAACCAGUAGUCCUUCUGAAAUUAAUUCACUUGCCUCUUAUUCUCGUCACGUUAAAGCACCUUUAAUAUUGUACAUGUUGCAAUAUUUGAUUACUAAGGAAGUGUUUUGGAAGGGUAUCAGCCGAUAUUUAAAUAUCCAUGCGUCUGAAUGGAGUCCUGAUGAUUUCUGGAUUAUUAUGCAAGUUGCUGUAGAUGAAACAAUCCCUAUCUAUAAGAACAUCCCUCGUAUAAGCGAUGUAAUAGAUGAUUGGAUAAAGUAUGUGAACUACCCUAUAUUGAAAAUAAUGCGAAAUUAUAAUGAAAAGAGAAUGCAUAUAGCGAUGCAUAUAGAAAACAAGGUUUCUUCCAAAAAUAGCAACCAGCAACGCAUACCUGUAACGUUUACUACGCAAAGUAAGCUUAAUUUUACGAAUUUUGUUUCUCCGCUUCAUGAUGAGAGAUUAAUACUUAUAACGUCAUCGCUUGGCGUCGAAAUUGAUAUAAUAGAAGAUGGUUGGGUGAUAUUUAACUUACAACAAGCUGGAUACUAUCGUGUUAAUUACGAUAUUGAAAAUUGGCGAAGAAUAGCCAAAUAUAUAAACUCUAGAGAAUAUACGAAAGUACAUGUCCUCAAUCGUGCUAAAAUCAUUGACGACGCAUUUUAUUUUAUGAUAACGCAACAACUCAAGCCUUCCAUAUUCUGGAACUUGACGAGCUAUCUUGCACAAGAGACAAAUUAUAUAGCAUGGUAUCCUAUGAUCAAAUCUUUGGAAUAUAUGUCGAGCAUCUUUCCAUUUAGAAAUAGAAAAGUUCAUGAUAUCAAGAAAAAGUUAAAUUAUAUAUUAAUGAAUCUCCUUUCGAAAAUAACAUACAAAGAAAGCUCUGAGGAGGACGAAUUAACUAAAUGUUUAAGACAAGAAGCCAUUAAAUGGGCAUGUAUUCUCGGCAACACCUUCUGUCAGAGUAAGGCUUACGGAAAAUUGUUACAACAUAUUGGAAUUCUGAAAAUGAAUAAAGAUUAUAGACUUUUGCCGUGGUGGGAAGAAUGGAUGUAUUGUAAAGGUUUAAUGAUAGCAGAUUUUAAUACUUGGCACACGAUAAAAAAUAUGAUAUUGAUGCAAAAGCAUAAUAAUAGAUAUUUAGAAUUUUUAGCUUGUUCUAAAAAUCACAUUAAUGAAUAUUUAAAGUUAAUAACACCGCAGGAUAAUGGAACAUAUAUCGGAAUACAAGCCAAUAGUUGUACUAAUAGUUUCAUUUUUAUUAUCGCAAAACAUGGGAGAAACAAUAUUGUGCUUACGAAUAUAUUAACAAAUUUCAAGAAAUUAAAACCGAGAGACAUCAGUGACUUGACAGCACUUACUAUUAUUAUUAACCAUGUAUAUUCCGAGAAACAACUUGACGAGAUCAGAAAUGCCACGAUAGAUAUUAUAGAAAAUAAUGCGUUUACUCGCGCUACUGAAAUUUUUUCUAAGGAAAAUAGUUCUCAUGAGGCAACUACUAAAGAAAGUCUUAAGACAUAUAAAAAUCUUCGGAGACAUUGGACAUGGUGUGUUAGCAGGAAACUAGAAAUACGAUUGUCUGAAAUUAAAAAACAUGUACGCUAUUUGAGAAUUUUUAAAAUCGGAAGAAGUAAAACUUAAAUAAUUAAAACUCAACGAAUAAUUUUAAUACGGAUAUGGAUACAGAUGUUUAUGUACAAAGUGUUACGAACAACCGUUUAUAUUUAUUUUCUUUUAAUUUUUAUCAUCUAUAUAUCUUAUUUAUUUUUA